UUUAUAACUUACCAAUUCUCUUUUCCUUUGAAAUUCUUACUGGGUCUAUCAUGGUCCAGGUGAAUCUUCUACAGUGAUGAAAAUGUCCUGUGUCUAUUCAGUCUUGCACAGUAGCCACACCUGACUACUGAGCACCUAAAAUGUGGCUAGUGCAAUCCAGCAAUAGGAUUUUAAAAUCGACUUCAUUUUAUCUAAAAGUCACAUGUGGAUGAUUGGAAUGUGCAGCCUAAGGGACAUUUACAACGGAAAGAAAAAAUGGUGUCAAGAAGAUGUGCAAAUGAAUAAGCACAGAUGGAAUUAAACUAGAGUGAAUUAUAGCCUUUCAGCCAGAUAUCUUCCCAUCCAAGUGUCAUGUACACAAAGCAUUCAACAAACAUUAUACUGCUAAUCAUUCUGCUGCACAUGCUGUACCAAGGUGGUUCUGGUCAAUGCUAGACCCCAGUGGUUCCUGAGAGAUUAUUAAGGUGUUGAGAGACUACUAUCACCUAGUGGUGUCACAAGCCACGGUGAUGUUUUAAUGCAGCUCAUUGCUUGGGUUGGUGAUGAUGCUGAGUGUUGGUGAUGAUGCUAGUCUCCUAACAUGUAGUGCACACAUGUACAGGACACAACACCAGUUACUUGAAAAAGGCAACAAAUGACGCUGUGAUGGUUUAUGUAUUGUUAUUCCAUACCUAGGUUAUCAUUUAGAAUUAUUGCUACUCACUAAAAAAUGUAACACAGCAUAGAUGUUACUUGGGCUCACUUCAUGCAUCUUGUAUUUACCAAGCCUCUAAAUCACAUCAUUUUUUUUCUUCUGCUUGACAUAAAUCGCCUGAUGUUUUGUCAUUGUGGCCCUAGGAAUAAUAGGUCGUGCCACAUGAACAUAUAUACACCAGAUAGUCUAGGCAUGUAAUAGGCUACCUAAUCUAGGUUGACAUAAACACACUCUGUGAUAUCUUAAGAACAAAAUCUGGUCAUUAUACAAUGUGAAGCUAGCUCAGAACACAGAGAUCUUGUUUUGGGUGUGCAAAGAACUGGAUGAAUGAUUUUUUGUGCCCUACAGCUAAAAUUCCCACUGUUAUAAAAUGAGAACAGUCCCACCCUCAAUAUCCCUCAAAGAAGCAUGAGGUGCAUGGAUAGCUCUGGAAGUUCUUUGUGCUGUGCUUGUUCACUUGGCUGGCAGUUCUCUGCAUCCGUUCUUUCUUCCAUCCUUUAAUUACUGCCUAUCUUGCCCAGAUAAGGAAUACUCUUUAAGGAGUGGAAACAAAAGUCAAUGUCAGGCAGUGGGGCAAAAGUCAGGUUAAGUGUCGAUCUCCUAGACUUUCAGUGCCUGGAGGAACAAGGCUUUCAGGAAGUAUUCAGUUCUCCACGCUGUCAUUUGCUCUAAUAAACAGUUAUCAACCAGCAGUUUGACCCCUGUACUAGCACUUCUCUACGUCACUGGAGCACGUCGCUCUCUACAGGUGUCACUCACUUUAUUCAUAACGACUCAGUCUUAUUUUCUUCAACAGUGUCUUUUCUCUACUAGCUAACGUGACUGUUUGCCUGGGCUUCCGGAAGAACUGCCCUUUGGACUCCAGGGACUCCUCAAGGAGACCUGGACUGGGAAUGCGUCACCAGUUAACCAUGUCACUGGCAGGGGCAGCCGGAGUCAGUUACGACCGUCAGCUGGCCGUGGGUCCGCAGUGCGGGGCGCCUAGCAGGUGGUCAGCAAGUACCUGUUUUACGAACGCAGGUGUGAAGAAGGGACGCCGGUCACGUGCCGCGGGGGCAGCCUUCUGUACAGAGACGGGGACCGGGCGUCUCUGCACGAUGGCCGCACUGAGCGCGAGGUCGAGUCCAGGGCGAACGCCACGCCCACGUCCUCGCAGCAGCACGGCGGCCAGCUUGCCAUGACCCCGUGGCCUCCGCGGCCCGGCUGGGCACAGAGCCCGGCGCGCUGCCUCGUGUGCGGCGGGGAGGGGCCGAAACGAGCGCGGUCAGCCGGAGCGCUCAGCCGCUCUCCUGCGACGCCCGCUGACGCAGCGCUGCGCUUCCGCUUCGGGGCGGCGGAGGCGGGGGUCUGACGUCGCCGCUCUCUGACGUUAGGCCUGCGCGCCGCUGGUCGCCCGGGAGAUUGAGCGCCGCGUCCCCGGCGGAUGGCGGUCUAGACUAUUUUGCUUCAGAACUCUGAAUUUUGGGAAAUUAUGGAUCGUCACAUUCCCAUGCAUGCUUUACCUGAAGAAAUCCAAAAGAUGUCUCCUGAAGAAAAGGUUUGCAAAUACUGUGGAGUCAGCUAUCUAAUUCUUCAUGAAUUUAAGGCUAUGGAAGAAAAAAUGAAAGCAAUGGAAAAAGAGAUGAAAUUUUACCAAGAAAGUGUAGAACGUGAAAGGAGACUUCAAGAAAAGCUGCAGUCGCUUAGCCGAGAUUUUGAACAGUACAAAAUUGACAGUGAAUCCAAAACAGAAAGAAUUUGGGAUGCAAGCAUACAGCUAAAAAGUCAACAAACUGAAUAUCAGAGAGUACAUAAAGAACUGAGUCAUUUGCAACAUGAAUUAAAAAUCAAACAUAGACUAUCACAAGUCUUCAGUCAAAGAUUGUCGGAGUACAAAUAUUUCUGGAAUAAGACUCUUUCAUUACUUACUUUUACUAAAAGGGAGCUAACCAGUAUUAAAAAUGAAAUAUAUGAUAAUUUUCAAGACUGGACUUCACUGAAAAGAGAAGUUUUUCUGCAAAUUACAUCUAUAAGUGAAACAGCCUUGACAGAGAUAGAGACAUUAAAUAAAACUUUGACAGCGUCACAGAGAACUAAGGUAUGCCUUGAAGAGGAAAUGAAAAAUCUCAAACUGUUGUCAGAUACAGCCAUCUUGAGGUCCCAGCAGAUUCAUAUGUCCAAGCAGCAGGAAGAAAACUUACAAGUCAGAUGCCAUGMUUUGCAGAAAGAAGUACUAGAUUUACAGUGUCAAGUAGAGGCCCUUGGGUUAAGACUUCAGAGGACAGUGACGGAGCUGGACAACUGUAAAGAAAUGCUCACGAAUAAAUCUAAUGAAGCUGAUGAAUGUCAAAGAGAACUAAGGAAACUGAAGUUUGAAUCCAUUAUUUCUGAAUCACGGCACACUAGGCUGCUUAAAGAAAAAGAAGACUCUUUAAUGACUUGUCAACAAAUAUAUAAAGCUUUACAGGAAGAGCUGACUGCAAAAGAAAGGCAAGAAGAAGACACAAAGAGAAUAAUUAACCUCUCAGAAAGUGAGUUAGAGAUAACCAAAGUUCUUCUGAAUCAGACAAGACAAGAGGUCACAACGCUGAAAAAUGAAAGGGAAUUAAUGCUGAUGUCGCAUCAGAAAAGCAUCGAGCAGCUGCAGGAGACCAUUAGACAGAAGAUGCUUAGCGACGAUAGCUGGAAGGAAAAGAUUGAGACUGAACUUGCCAAGGAAAGAGCCCGACACUUAGCUGAAUUCGAGGAGAAGGCUCUUCUCUUUAAAGAAGAAGCAAAAUUGGAACUUGAUAUUGAAAAAGAAAAACACCAAGAAAUAAUCCAAAAGUAUAAGAAGGAACAGAAAGAACUACAAAUGAAGAUAUCUGACUUAAUCGCAGGCGCUACUAGAGACCUAAGGCUGGAAGUGACCACUCUUAAAGAAAAACUCCACAAAUCCCACAUCCAAUACACAGAAGAAUCUGAGUCAAAGAAAAAAGAAAUUGAAAACCUAAAAAAAUUGGUUGCAGAAUUUGAAUCUCGUUUGAAGAAGGAAAUUGACAGUAAUCAUUCAGUUUCAGAAGACUUGAGGAAGGAAAUGAAACACAAGUCAGAUGAACUGGAAAGAGUAUUGUUGGCACAAACACAACUGAUACAACAACUUAGCCGGUCCCAGGAAGAGAAUACCUUUCUUCAGGAAACCGUGCGCAGAGAGUGUGAAGAGCGCUCUGAGCUGACGCAGGCCCUGAGCCAAGCCCGGGAACAGCUCCUGGCGCUGAGGAAGCUCAGCGGAAGCCUGCCACGGCCACUGUGCUCCCUCAGCAGAGGCAGCCCGAACCUCCCUGCCCCAGCCUCUGGUGACCGAAGGGACAGCAGCCGUGCAGUACUGCACGCUGGACGAGGACUCAGAACCCCUAGAACCCCCAGUGCGCCCGGAGCGUCCAGACGCUCCAUUUCCCCACCCGCAGGUAAGCCCAGCAGGGCCAUCAGCUCCAGUGUUCCUGCGCUCACCCAGCAGCAGYUGCCCAGGGCCCGAGCGUCCUCACAGAGGCUGGCUGCCACUCUUUGGAGGAGGCUGAGUCGGCAGUGACUGGUCCCAAAACAGGAGCUCUGCACAGGGCACAGGCACCCCUCCAKGGGCCCAGGCUGUGCACCCACGGAGGCCAAGAUCAAGCAUGUCUACAGGAACAGCUAACAGUAGGCUGUCGGAGGACAGAACGCUGUGAAGUCACAUUUCCCAAGAGGUCUUUGAAAUCACAACCGAUAAAGAAAUUGUUGAUACUGCAGAAGGCCAACAGAGAAGCCCGUGUAUUUAUGUUUAAAUGUGCUCUACUUCGGAGGUCACAGGGAACACAUUGUCACCCGUAGCAUCUUUUCUUUCUUCCUUUUUUUUUUUUUAACACUAUUACAAGUAGACAUUUUCCCCCAAAAUAGAUGACAUUGGUUUUAUUAGUGUGUGUUUGUUGAGCUAAAUAGGUUAAAUAUAUAUAGAAGUACUCAGAAUAGAGAAAGACAGCAUUUUAGUCCUUAAUUAGAUGAUUUCCAAAAUAUUUAGUUCWUCUGAAGAACCUGUCCUUUACCCUGCAGCCCACUGGUUAGUGGGUUCUGUUCCAGCUGGGUCAGAAGUAAUGAUGGAAAAAUUCCAGGAGGGUCUUCCCUAAGUGGUGGGACCGUCCAGGGCCAUCGAUGGCAUCUCAACUCCAGGACAGGGAGUUUUCUUUACUUUAAGAAGCCUGGGCCAUGAAAAUAAUCCUGGGUAGAAAUUUUCUGCAUGUAAUGCUGUUGGCACGCAGUCAGGUUUUGAUCAAAUGCUUAUCCUCCAGCCGUGGAGAACGUUGUGGAGGUGGCUUAGUAAAGGAAACAGAGCGCACUUGGGAUUCAAAUUCUAUUACCCAUGAAAAUGGGAACUGGUAACACACUUUCUGUUUUCAGAGUGAAAAAGUAAAACCAGAAACCAGAUGAGCUGUUUUAAGUUAUUUUAAGGCUUCAGGCUCCUCCUGGUCUUAAAACAUAAUUCUUUACCUUCGACUAAUAUUCAUCUAUCUUUUUUCCCAUAUUUUCUUUUUUUAAAAAAAUUAACUUAUUUUCCUCUGACUGGAGUCCUCCAUGGACAUCCAAACCACCUCCUCACAUAUUAGAAUAAUAGCAAUAUGAAAUAUAGUAUAAAAUGUCUCCUAGUUGGCUACUCCAUUGAUGAGAGAGUACAAAGRUAUUUGGGAUCUAUCCCAUGUGUAUAAAGGGUAGAGUCACCAAGCAAAAUUAUGUUUAUCUUCAGUCUUUCAAAGAAUUAGUAUGACCUACCAAUAGAGUAUUUUAAACUCCCCGCCCAAAAAAAAAUCCACAUGAGAUCCACUAAUAUCCCCACUUGUUCAAGGACAGCAUUCGUGUUAGAGUUUGAUACUAACUUGAGAUUGUUGCUCUUGGUAAAGGCAUUUAACAAGUGAGCACGGCUUACAGGAUGGGGGCCCUGGAUGGACCAACAGGUCACCCUCACCAUCUCUUUAACAUAAGAGGUGGAUGCCCAAAGAGCUUGGCACUGCCUAAGGCAGUGCAGCACUUGAUGACAGAACCGCCUGUCACUGAGCUCAGUCUUUCCACCUCACAAGAGCUUUCCAAGCUUUCACUGUGAGUUAUUAGUAGCACCUGUGCAUGUGUAGUGYUUUUCUUUAAGGGUGCUUACUUUUUUAAACUUAAAUUUCCAUCAGAAGGAAAUUUAAUAAGGAAGAAUAACCACAGUAACGAGUUUGGGUUUGAUUUGCUAGUUAGAUUUUUUUUCCUAAGGAACUUUAAAAUAAAUUUUGUAUUUCUUAAGAGAUGUUGGUGCAUCUCUGAUACCACCUUGUGAAAUGCCAGGACCAUGCUCCUUACCUCCUUGUCUCUGACCUGUUGUUUGCUUAUUUCAAUCACAAGUGCUAGUGACAUAAGGCAGAGGCAGAAGCUGGUGACAGCACUGAGGAGUGCCUGGGGUGGUGGCUUUGUGACCAGGGGUCUUGCGGCUUCAGUCUCGCAGCUACAGCACCCCUUUCAGGAACUGUGGGGCUACAAUGGRUUUCUUCCCUCAAUGGUGGCCAUAUUUGGAUUAGUAGAUUUACGCGUAGCUUUUCUACAGCGAGGUGCAGACUAGCGAUGCAAAGCCUGGUUCCUCAGUUUGUUGUCAGGCUCUUGCUUUACAGUGAGUGAUUCUGUAACCGAGCACUCUGAGAACAGAAUCGUGAUCUGCAAUAAGGUUGUUAUGUUCCACUUCUGUAUCAGCGAACUGAUUCCAUGGCUCAACAAAACAGUAUUUUCAUUUACUUUAACCUUGCUUGACAUCUAACACGUGGGCACUCACAUUCUGCCUUUCUACCCUGUCAUUGGGAAUCGGUAAAUCUCCCAGAAAUCUGGUGGCAAAAGGAAGUCCGUUUCCAUUCAGAAGAACCUAGAAUAUCUUCCAUCAGCACCCAAGACUCUGGCCCUGAACAGAGCUAGAGAUUUGAUGUUAGUUGUUUAAACCAUUAGUUGUUUCUAUCACUGGCAACUCACUGAAUAAUCUUAAACUUCAAUGUUAUGUUGAGGCCAAGAGGGGGACAAAAGGACAGUCAGUGUAGGCAAUGAAUGGUAGGGUCAUGGGGAAGACAGGGGCAGGUUCAAAAGGAAAGGGAGUAAAAUGCUAAUACCUCCAGAGGCCUUAACCCUCUUCCACCUGUUGCCAAGGUAGCCUGCCUCCAGGGAAUUGUUCCUCCCUGCAAGGGGUUAUUAAUUAAUGUUCUCUGGUCCACUUCCUUCCUGCCAAUACCAGAUACCCCUGGGUGGUUUUGUUCCUGCCCUUGGAUCAUUCUACCUUUUGGCCCACCCUAUGGUCACUAGUCACAUAGUCAGGAUGGGGGAGGAAARACAUGAGAACAAAAGAAAUCUAAAAGGUAUAAAAGGGGCAGGACACCCCCACUUCCUCAGACACUCAGCUCUUUGGAGAAGUCUAUCGCUAUUGUAUCCUUUAAAUAAAACUUGCUUUCUACACUUGCCUCGGUGUUUCUYGGGUGUUCAAUCUUCACAUCAGAGAAAUGGGACUCCACUCUGAUUCUCAUCACCGGUAUCAACAACAGCAUAUGUUUGGUUAUCUGUGUUUUAAGACUUGUGAAACAGAGUGCUUAGAUAACAUUAGAAUUAUGAAGAAAAUAGCAUAGUACCAUUAUUCUCCUGAAAGUAGUUCUAAAACAUUUGAAUGUAAUACUGCAACUUGCAGAAUUACAUCUAGAGCAAUUUAUUUUAAAGGCAGAACAAACAGUGGCUGUUUGGGAAUUCAGUUCCAAUUCUCCACUUCAAAUCUGCRUGUAAACAAGGCCUUCUGCUAAUCUGCUCGUAAGCAUCAUCCAGUUCAUCUCAUGAUGUCACCUUCUUUACAUAUCUUGAAUCAAGAAAAUAAUGAAAGAGCUUCAUUCCAUUCACCAUUAAAAAUUUAGUGAAUACCCUUUA